AUUUGAAAUAUCAUCCGCAUGGCAUUUUUAAGACCUUUGAACAGCAGAAUAAAGCGCAAAGUGAAUUUUUUUUUUUUUUUGAAAGGGCGAUCACGGCCGUGUUUUCGAAAAUCCUGACUUUUUAAGACUUGUAUUAUUAAAGAGGCAAAUGGGAUUUGACUGCUUGUUGUCAUGCACACGGACGUCCGUGUGCGCGCCGCGGUCGUGUGAGCUCUGGCAUUUGCCGUCCUUUUGAUUAGCGUAACAAGAGAGCUGAUAAAUAGCUUCUGUUAGCAGAUGACAUUUGACUAAAUACUUCCCAAAUGCGUGCAAUGUGUGCUCAUGAAUGCUGAUGGCUGCCAGAUGCCUCCGAUGACUUCUCACCGCAGCUAGUUCAGGGUGUACCCCGUCACCUGCCUGAAGAUAGCUGGGACAAGGUCCAGCACUCCCGCGACCCUUGUAAGGAUAAGCAAUUCAGAUAAUGGAUGGAUGGAUGACAAGAAACAGAUUGAGCUUAGAGCUUGGCAUGACUUGUAAGGAGCUGGAGCUGCAUGGACGAGUUUAUAAAGAAAAGGAAAGGGAAAAAAAAAAAACCCUUUGCCUUCUUGUCAUGCUGAUGCAACAGCGCCAUCUACCAUGGAGCUACACAAGGCAUCAACAGCUCGGGCCUGCGGAGGGCCCGGCAUCAUCAUGCUCCUGCUGCUUCUGCCGCCACCUUUGUUAUACUAACGCUGACUUUAUGUGUGGCAAAAAGCCAGCGUCAGCCAUAAGAUGAUGCUCAGGUUGGCCUCUUUUGUUUGUUUCUUGCUGCUUGUCAACACGACGGCGGAUCAAAAAGGUGUAAAAUGUGGCGGCAUCCUCUCUGCGCCAUCCGGCAACCUGUCCAGUCCAAAUUUCCCGGGCCUCUACCCAUACAACAUCCACUGCUCCUGGCUCAUUGUGGUGCCGGAAGGUUCCUCGGUGCUGCUUACCUUUCAUCACUUCGAGCUGGAGUACCACAGCAGCUGCGCUUACGACCAUGUGAAGAUCUACAACGGGGUGUCUGGUGACGAGGGCAACCUGCUGGGCACCUUCUGCGGCAACGCCCCCCCGCCGGCCUUCUCCUCGUCCUGGAACGUUAUGUCGGUCAUCUUCCGCUCAGACCGUCACGUGGCGCACAGGGGCUUCAGUUUGGGCUACAGGAAAGACAUGUGCGGCGGGGUGCUGACAGGCCUUUCGGGCGUCAUCUCCAGUCCGGGUUACCCGGGGGAGUACAGCAACGACGCUGACUGCACGUGGCUCAUCCACGUGUCCAACAGCAGCGCAGUCACUCUUCUCUUCUUAGACUUCCAGAUGGAAAACAAUGAGGGGUGCCAUUUUGACUACGUGGCCCUGUUCGACGGGUCCACUGUGUCACACCGGCACCUCGGUACGUACUGCGGGGCUGACAUGCCGCCCACCGUCGUCACCGCAACCAGCCAGCUGCUGCUUGUCUUCAAAUCUGACUUCAACAUCGGGGGACGGGGCUUCAAGGCGUACUACUACUCAGGUGAAUGCCAGCAAGUGCUGUCAGACAUUGGUGGCAAUUUCAGCAGCCCCAACUUCCCGCAGAUCUACCCGAACAACAUCAACUGCCACUGGAGUAUUUCUCUGGCGCCCGGCUACCGGAUCAAGCUCUUCUUCCCCGUUAUGGACCUGGAGGGCCGCAACAGUCUGACAGACGCAUGCGACUACGACUGGGUGGCCGUGUACGACGGUGAGGAGCAGGAGGCGCACGCGUUGAUGGGACGGUGGUGCGGCGCCGAGAGGCCGCCGUCGCUUAUCUCCCGGGGCAACAAGAUGCUGGUGGUGCUCAGUACGGACAGAGAUGAGGCGCACAAAGGCUUCACCGCAUCUUAUCUCGGAGUGGUGCCAGUGAACGUGAGCUGCACCAGGUCGGAGUUCACCAUCCUGAUCCCCCAGCAGUCAUUACCGCAGCUGGACCGCGAGAGCAUCUACCUGGGAAACCCCUCGUGUACCUCUCAGCUGACGGCCACCUCUUACAAGAUCCUGGCCCAGUUCGUCAACUGCGGCACGGCCAGUCAGAAGUACCGCAACGUCACCAUGCUGGUCAACAAGCUCUACAUCGACUUCUCCGACGGAGAACGGCGUAACGUGCAAGAGUACAAGGUGCAGUGCGACGCCAUGCGCAAGGCGGCCUCGGCGUCCAUCGUCUCGGCCGAGGAACGCCGACUGGAGCAGGAGGCCGUGCGAGGCGACGCCGCGGGCGGCGGGGGCUCCGCGGGGCGCGCCGACGCCGAGCCGCGUGAUCUCAGCGAUAUCGUUUUCAUAAGCAUCUGCGUCCUGGCUGUCAUCCUCAUGGUGAUCGCCAUCAUCUGGCUUGUGUUGCUUUAGCCGCAACAUUAGGUACAGUACAUAAUUCAUACAUACAUUCCAAUGUUUUAAAAAUAAAGACUUUUGAAUUAAAAUACAUUGUUGAACACAUCUACCCACAAAACAGGCCCCAAACGUCCCCCAAAACAGAUGAAUGAAUUCUUCUUUGAUCAAAAGCAAACAAUUGUUUGUCAUCAUUGACCCCUCCGUACAGAGCACUUAACUACGCCUACUGAAGUGACGUCACGCCACGUGCGCUCACGUAAGACAAACAGUAAAAAUGGCAAAUACAAUACAAUACAUUCUGAACUGAGACAGACUCUAUGCUUCUGAUUUAAUUCAAAUUAACGAUAUAGAUUCUAAAUACAAUACAUUCUUAACUGAGAGAGACGCCAUGCUUCUGAUUUCAUUCAAUCAUUCACACGUAGCAAUGUUAUGCUAGCGCAGAACGUCUCAUUCAUUUAUACGAGACGUGUAUUAAAAAUCAAAUUUAGGGCAUAUCUUCGUGCAAACACAGUCUGGUUAAGCUUCGGCCGCGAGCCA